AUGGACGUCCUCAGCAAGAUGACGCGCCCCAUUUCCGACGCCCUGCAGGACCCUGAGAAGCUGCCGAGGGCACUGAUUCUGUGCGGCGUACUUGAAGCCGCGGCGGCGCUCUCCCUCGUCUUCUUCAGGGAGCCGGGGGCAGCGUUCCUCCACCAUGGUGAGAAGGCUCUCAGCUAUGUGUACUAUGCUGCUCUGAUCGCCAUUGUGGUGUUUGGGCUCGCGGAGGCGGCUGUAGGCUUCUGGGUGUCAGGAGACCCUGCUGGCCGGCGAGUCAUCGGGAAGGUUAUCAUGGGGUUUUCUAUCCUGCCACUGAUAAUCGUUGCCGGUCUCGGAGGUUUUUCUUCUGCCGCCCCGAAGUAG